GCAUGUGGAAUACAAAUUCUUGUCUUAAAUAAGAGAAGUUCUCUCCCAUUUCUCCCAUCUCCCUCGUCAACUUCAACUCACACUUCCCCACUGUUUCGUCGCCGACUACCGCAGCCGUGUACUUCCGUCCGCCGGCCUGUGAACAUCAUCUAGCCCGAAGUCUUCACAACUCUUCUUGACAUCAAAGUGGAUCAUACAUAAUGUUAUUUGCUACAAGAUAAAGACUCUCCUAUUCUUACUGGCAUGAAUAUUGGAAGAACAAAGACUUCUGCUUUUUUACUUAAUUUUCAUCACUUUUUGGGGCAAUAUUCUUCUAUCCACUCAAUAUCACCGUCACAAACCCUUCAAGACAGCAUUAAAGCUGCUGUUGAAUCAAAGUCGUAUAAGAAACUUCCUGAUCUGUUUCCUUCAUUGCAAGAAGCUUGCCACAACCCCAAUCUUUUCUUGUUUCUCUCCACUUUUCCUCUUAAUUUAAGAACACAAGUUGUGGAUGAGAUAUUACAAUCUUUAAUAUCUAUUAGACCUCGCUCAAAAUCCCAAUUUGUCCAUGGCUCUCUGCUUUUCUACACUCUUCAAAGUCCUUCACCUUUUCCCCUCUCUCUUCCAGUCCUCCAGAGGAUUCUCCACUCUGGUUGUGUCCCUUCCCCUCAGACUCAUUUUCUACUUUCUUCUGCCUGGCUAAAACAACGUAGCCAGGCUAAGUCUGUUGCUAAUAUCUUGAUGGAUAUGCAGUCAAUUGGUUAUAAGCCUGACAGCAACAUAUGUAACUAUCUUAUAUCCUCUCUUUGUUCCAUUGGUGAAUUAGCUGAGGCCUUUCAAGUUUUGAAAGGUAUGGGAGGGGCAGGGUGUAUUCCUGACUUGGAGAGUUAUGGCACCUUAAUUCAUGCAGCAACAGCUGUUAGACGGACGGACAAGGCAGUGGAAUUGCUAAAAGAAAUGGUUGUGAAAGUUAAAUUGAUGCCAAGACAAGGAACGAUUACUAACGUUGUGGCCGCGUUACGAACAAACCGAGAGGUAAGGAGAGCAGUUGAGAUUAUUGAGCUGUUGGAGAGGGACAGUCACGAUGUUGGAUUUGAGAGCUAUGAGCUUCUUGUUGAAGGUUGUCUAGAGUGUCGUGAGUAUAUUUUAGCGGGAAAGGUGACCAUGGGGAUGACAGACAGAGGGUUUAUACCAUAUAUCAAGGUCAGGCAAGAGGUUGUUGAGGGGCUGGCUGGCAUUGGGGAAGUGGAACUUGCUUCUGCUGUAAGACGCAGAUUUGUAGAGUUGGGGUCUUAGAUACUAUAAAUUCUUUUUAUAUCUUGUUCUCAAAUAUAUAUAUGAAAUCCAAAUGGCAUGUGGAGAAGAUUUAGAGAAGAAUUUUUCACGAUAAAUACUCCUUGAAUAUGUUCAAAUUUUAUUGUGCUUGAAUCCUUUAUUUUCUUUUGA